UGCAACACAGUUUGACGAUUUUCAUUUUCGGCAAGGUAUAUAGGGUGUGGGAUCUGCAAACCUUUUUUAUAUUUGUACUUGGCUUACAAGGAGCUAAGAAGUCCGAGAAAAAUGUUUCCUAUUCCCCAGCAUGUAUUGGAUUACAGUAACAGGGCUGGUUUUGAAGACCGGGGCCCCAAAAAGGAUCAUCUGCUGAACGUGGCCGAUGACCGGCUGGACAGUGGGGUGGACUCUAUGAAGGAGGAAGACUACGAGAGGAUGGUGAGGGACAUCAGCGAGAUCAGACUGAUGGACACUAGUGUAAUAGUCCAUGACGAACAGCCGUCUGUGGCAGACUUUUGGAAGUACGAAACAACCGAAGACGGGGACACAUUGUUGCAUCUUGCAGUUAUUCAAGGAGCAAAUGACAUCAUUUCACAAGUUAUCAAUCGAGCCGGCAAGGAUUCUACUUUCCUUAACAGACAAAAUAAUCUAAAACAGACCGCUCUUCACUUGGCAGUUAUAACUGAACAAGCUGAUGUUGCCAGCAAACUACUUGCUGUAGGCUGUGAUCCUGCUGCCCAAGAUUUCCGAGGCAACACUGCACUUCAUAUUGCAUGCGAGAGGGGCAGCUUAGCGUGUGUCUCUGUACUCACACAGCACUGCAACCAACAACAUAUCAGAUCUAUGCUUCACACCACCAAUUAUGAUGGGCACACGUGUCUUCAUGUGGCUUCUGUUUAUGGUUUCCUGCACAUAGUGGAACAGCUGAUUUCUUUGGGAGCAGACAUCAAUGCUCAGGAACCUUGCAAUGGCAGGACAGCUCUCCACCUAGCUGUAGAUCUUCAGAAUGCUGAACUUGUAUACCUGCUUGUUGGGCUUGGUGCAGAUGUUAACAGAGUCACAUACCAGGGAUAUUCACCCUUCCAGCUCACAUGGGGAAGGACAGACUCCAGGAUACAAGAAACAUUGCGUCCCUUAACCUCAAGUAACCUUCAGAUGCUGCCAGAUAGUGAUGAUGAAGAUGAUGAGAGGACAGACUCUGAAUCAGAGCUUUGUGAUGAAGAACCUUUGUAUGAUGACUGCAUUAUUGGAGGCUGGCGACUACAGUAAAGAGCUGCUUGUUCAGAAGACUGUAAAAAUGUACAUAUAAAAAUUUAUUUUUAUAAGAAAAUGAAAAAAAAAAAAAAUACAGCUGAUAUUAGAUGGAAUAAUGAAGAGGAAGGACUCUUUGAGCCAGUGUUUCUGAAUUGCAUAUUCUUUCAAAGACACAGAAGAUUUGUUGUCAGUUCUCAUAGGGGUCCAGUGAUUCUGAAAUGAGGUGUUCCUACUGAAGGUGCAGAAGAUUUGUAUUCAGCAAUUGGAAGAGGAAUUUCCAUUUUAAAACACCUCUACAUUUUCUAGAUAAAUUUUAUGAAGUGUAGUCAUAAGACUUAAGUAAAUUUGAACAUCAAAUGGUGAAAAGUGCCUUAUAGUACUGUAAUAUUUAAAAUGUACAAUAUGCUGCAUAUAAAACAACUGUAUAUACUGUAUGAUGUGUAAAUAUAUUUUUUAUACUUUUUUAAGGUUAUUUAUUAAAAACAUCUGAAUAUGA